UUUUUUCCAUUUUUUUUUUAAUCUCUUCCUCUUUCUUUCUGGAACCCUGUACAGCAAGAGCAUAGCAGGGAUCCCAGGGGGUUUGCUGCUAUCCAGAGAAGAUGCCUUGUUCUCUGCCAGAUCUUGUGCUGGGGAAGGCUGGAGGAAAUCCAUUCUGCAACAUUUCUGCUGGGGCUGUUGGCAAGAGCCCUGCAAUAUGCAGCAGCCACUGGCCAGGCUGGUCCCUCUGAAAAAAAGAGGACUGAAGAGGUCAGAGCAUGGCUGUGACCUGCCUGACCUCUGCUCCCUCCCCUCUUUACUGCAGAUUUGCCUUUUGUUGAGCCCAAAGAGCCUCCUGCCAAACCAGCACUCCUCUGGGGCCGUGACCUGAUGCUGCAACAGGCACUGAAGCCUUUCCCUGGGGCAUUUCCGUGCUGCCCUGUGCAGCACCAACACAAACUAUUUGCAUUUCUAACAGCCUUAAGUCAGCCUGAACCACCCAGGGGUUCCUUCUGUCCCCAUGAGAAAGGGUCUGACUGAUGCAUGUGUUAAUCUCAAAACCAAACGCUUCCACAUUGUUUUUACUAAAUAUAGGAGCAGUGUCUGCUGCAGGGCACUGCCAGCAGCCCUCCGCAGGGUCACAGUCCUACAUCCAAGAGGAGUUUAUCAGCCCCAGCCAAAGGGGAAAGGGGCUCAAGUUCAGUGCUCUCUGUUUGCAGAUGUGAGCUGCAGUCAGUCGAGUUUUCAAGGUCUCAUUCCCUGUCAUUUGCAGAGGGCUGAGCCUGGAAAUGUGAAAUGGGACUCUUGUGGGAUGAGCAUCUCAGCCCAGAACUGUACGUUGGAUGUUCUGCUUAUCUCCCGCUGGCACAGAUGCUAUUUCACCCUCCUGUGGGGUAACUGAUACAGAGGAUUGAGGAAGAAACUGCAACUUCUCGUUGAGUCGCAUCUUGAUCAAUCCAGCUCUGCAGGAAGUGUCAUUUCCCACAGACGCGCAAGCGUACAGGCACUGCUGAUGAAAUUUGUGAGCCUCUGAAGAGAUGAGAUCCACCUGGCAAGGCAAGGCUGGUCGCAGCCCACUCCAGGCCCUGUAUGAGAGUGACCAGUUUGAGCAGUCGUCCCUGCAGGCCGUUCACCAGCAGAGACGGGAGAUGCUGAGCAACGUCUGCGGCCGUUACACCCGCAAGCGGCGUCUCCUGCAGCCGGACGACUUGCGGCACUUGGUGGUGGACGACACGCACGGGCUGCUCUACUGCUACGUGCCCAAAGUGGCCUGCACUAACUGGAAGCGGGUGAUGAUGGUCCUGACGGGGCAAGGCAAGUACCGGGACCCCCUGGAAAUCCCCGCCCACGAGGCGCACGUGCCCUCCAACCUGCGCAGCCUGUCCGAGUACAGCGUUCCCGAGAUCAACGCCCGCCUGCGCAGCUACCUCAAGUUCGUCUUCGUGCGGGAGCCCUUGGAGCGGCUGGUCUCGGCCUAUCGCAACAAGUUCACGCUCAGCUACAACACGGCCUUCCACAAGCGCUACGGCACCAAGAUCAUCCGGCGGCACCGGCGGGAGCCCAGCGACCGGGCCCUGGAGCGCGGGGACGACGUGCGCUUCGAGGAGUUCGUGUACUACCUGCUGGACCCACGGACGCAGCAGGAGGAGCCUUUCAACGAGCACUGGGAGCGGGUGCACUCGCUCUGCCACCCCUGCAUCAUCCACUACGACGUGGUGGGCAAGUACGAGACCUUGGCCCAAGAUGCCAACUACAUCCUGCAGCUGGUGGGGGCCGACACGAGCGUCAAGUUCCCGGCUUCUUCCAAGACCACCAGGACAACGGACGGCAUGACAGCCCAGUUCUUCCAGGACAUUAGCCCCUUCUACCAAAGGAGACUCUUUAAUUUAUACAAAAUGGACUACUUGCUAUUCAAUUACUCCAUCCCCUCGUACCUCCGCAUCCGGUGAGGCAGGGGCUGCAGGGGAAGAGGCGAGGGAGAGCUGGAUAACUCUCACCGUGCCACAAUUCCUCUCCUCCUGCCUUGAGCUCAUCUCUUGGUUGAUUUCUUCCCUGUGCCCUUUUAUUAGGGUCUGCUCCACCUCCUGAUGCCUUGGUCAUGCAUGCUCUGGAGGAAGAACACUUCUCAAUACACUGGGGUUGGAGAUUUUCCUUCCCUUUCUCUCCCAGCCUUCAAUAUCUACAGGGAGUGGUGGUGGGACUGGACACUUCUUACCUUGGUUGGGGACUUUCUUGUAACUAAGAGACUCCUCUGUAGAUCCAAAUCUUGGGAAGGCUCCAUUUUUGGGCAGGAUCCCUUCAGGUCUUUCUCCUCCCUACUGGGCCGUCUGGGGGCAGACAUGGAGUCUCAGGGGUCAGAGUGGAGUGUAUCAGAGACUUGCAUAGAGCCAGAAAUAAAGCAAUAAUUUAAUGUAA